AUGGUGUCUGCAGUCGAGUACAUCUGUACGCUACUUCUACUGACGGCGACCGUUUCCCUCCGGUUGGACGGAGUCGGAGGCGCUCCCAUGAGAGCAGGAAUUGGCGAUGGCGGUGGUACGGAGGGGUGUCGGCGCAAUCUGCCCGAGCUGCGGGAGUGUGUCAGCACGGCGGUCCAGCAGUUCGUCAACUUCAUGUCCAGUGGGAAGAUCUCGCCGAAACACUCGAUCACACCGUUCGAUCCACUGUAUCUGCCCAACAUGACCAUCUUCCAGGAGAAGCAGGUGAAGGCCGUGUACGUCAACCGAUAUCUCGUGGGGCUGAAGAAUGCCUUCAUCCAGGACGUGAGCGCCGACUUGGAAAAGCUGGAAUUCAACGUGACGACACUCAUGCCGGCCCUGGAGAUGCUGGGUUUGUUCGCUACGAAAACAUUCCAAGACCAUCCAGUAACGGAGAACUCCAUCCUUACUCUGUCAAUCCGCAACACUUUGGUGAACUUCGUGGCCAAAGGUGCACUCUACAGCAUGUCGGACGCGAAUGGCACGUCCAACAAGUACCUCAGGCUACAGGUCGGCAUCAACCAGAUCUCGAUGGGAAGUUACGUGCUCAGCGGACAUCUAGACAACGAUCGCCAUCUAACCGAGCAGGACAGGUCAGCUGCACCCGCCAAAUUUAUGCGCUUGAUCGGGAAGGACCUUCGAAUGCAGUUGGCCAAGCGAAUAGAGUACAUCGCCAACGAGGCGCUUGCGGUGACACCCUUCGUCAAACUCUUCCCCAUCUGA